GCAAUGACAGGAACUAGUCUGGAUGAGCUGUUGAGUGACUUGGGACUGAAAUACCACCUGAAGAACAAGCUGACUCUGAGCAAGGUGCUAGAGAUUGAUGGAGAGACUUUAACUGAUGAAAGCAUCCAGUCUCUGAAAUCUCUGCCGUGGUGUUUCCUGAGGAGGUUGAUGAUGGUGAAUGUGACUGCUAGGAGUGUGAGGUGCACCUCAAAACAGGACAUGACUUCCCAGAACCUGGACAGCUUAAUGGACACCCUGUGCAAUCCACAGGCCAGCAGCAACAGAGUCAACCCCCUGGACCUCAUAACUGCUGUGUUUUUCUGCUCAGAUGGCUUCCUCCAGCAGGAGAUGGUUUUGAAAAUGUCCAUGUGCCAGUUCUCUGUGCCUCUGCUGCUUCCUAAAUGUGACACACAGCAGUGCACUUUAAUGCUCUGGGCCAUGAGGGAUAUUGUGAAAAAGUACAAGCCGCACUCUUUGAGAGACCCAAAAGGGUUUGUGGAGGAGAGCAUUGUUGUCUCUGAGCUCCCCAUGAUCUCUUUUGUGAGGCUGGGAAACAGCAGCAUGUCCAAGUCUCACAUUCUGAACCAGCUUCUCAGUAGCCCUCAGGAGCACCACGAAACCUUUGUUCACAGAAACAUGGAGUGCGGUAACACCCCAAGGAGGAUUGCCAACGGGCUGGUGGAGAUCAGCUGGUAUCUGCCCAGUGGGAAGAGAAACAUUGACAUCUUCUCUGAGCCACUGGCUAUAGCUAACCUCCGUGGGGACCUCAGGGACUUUGAAACUCAAUACGAUUUCCUCUGUCAAACCUCUGCUGCCAAAUUUGUGUUUUGUGAUGAUUUUGGGUUUGAUUACAAAAUUUUGGACUCCAAGAAACAGGCUAAUUUGUACUUGAUCAUCAAUUCACAGAGCAAGAGCUUCAAUACGGAUGGCUUCAAGAGAUGUGUUUCUGAGUUAGAGAUAAAACCCAGUAACAUCAUUAUAAAGGGUUCGCAGAUGAACGAUGCAGAAUUUGUGAGUUACUUGCGUUCAGCUAUGGCUGACAUUUUAAAGGGAAACAUGGUCAAAAUGAGUGUUGAAGGGAUGUCUGCUGUUGCCCUGAUUGGGAUCCAGGUUGAUGAAGAUUAUAUCAACUGUCAGAGGGGCAAGAAGAACGCUGAUGAAAUCACAGGAAGGACUGAUAUACCAAGCUUCAAGGAGAAAGAGCUGCCCUUGCAAGGAUCUGCAUGGAAACAGCUGGCCAAACUGGAGAGGGAAGAGUGCAGGAUGAAAAAUGCUGGGAAGAAAAACAUAGAAGUUUACAGGAAUGAGCUUGCAGAUCAGAAGCAGAAGCUCAGAGAGCAGCAGACGGCUCACAAAAUCUCAGAGUCUAUGUUCCGUUUCAUCUCUGCAAUGUCCGGUUCCACAGAGGAGCGCAAGUAUUUCCUCAAGUGGAUGAGGAUCGACCUGGACAACCUGUCACGCAAAUGCCUUCCACUCCUUCGGGCAGAGUACAAAGAACAAUGUCAGAAUUCUGAGGAAAACAAUGAGCUCAUUGCACAGUUGGACCGGGAGAUCUCCAGUUCUUCUCUGGGGACAGAGCACUUCUUGCGGGAAAUGGGUCAGCUGUAUGAGUCGGCCUGCUCACUCCCUGAAGGCCCCACCCCUAAGAUUCAGCCCCUGCCACGUCUGGCUGCCGAGCUGCUGCAGGAAGGCUUUCCUCUGGAGCUGGUGGAUGGAGAUGCAUCCAACAUUCCUCUGCAGUGGGUGACUCAGGUUCUGAAGAAACUCAAUCAACUAACACAGGACAAAUGUAAGAUCCGAGUGGUGACUGUACUGGGUGUGCAGAGCACUGGGAAGUCUACCCUCCUGAACACCAUGUUCGGGGUCCAGUUUGCCGUCAGUAGUGGCAGGUGCACAAGAGGGGCCUUCAUGCUCCUCAUCAAAGUAAACAAGGAUUUUAAAAAGCAGCUUGCGUGUGAUUACAUCAUGGUUAUUGACACUGAAGGUCUGAAGUCCCCAGAGUUGGCCCAGUUGGAUGACAGUUAUGAGCAUGAUAAUGAACUGGCCACUCUGGUGGUGGGGCUGAGUGACAUCACAGUCAUCAACAUCGCCAUGGAGAACUGCACAGAGAUGAAGGACAUCCUGCAGAUUGUGGUGCAUGCCUUCCUGCGCAUGAAAGAAGUUGGGAGAAAACCCUGCUGUCAGUUUGUGCACCAGAAUGUACCAGAUGUCUCUGCCCAUGAAAAUAACCUGAGGGAAAGGAAGCUUCUGCUGGAGCAGCUGAAUGAGAUGACCCAAGCAGCAGCUAAGAUGGAGAAGAGGAGAAACAACCACAAAUUUACUGAUGUCAUGGAGUACGAUCCAGAGAGAAACACCUGGUACAUCCCUGGGCUCUGGCAUGGCAUCCCUCCCAUGGCACCGGUGAAUGCUGGCUACAGUGAGUCUGUGAAUCUGUUCAAGCGGAGUGUGAUCAAGACAUUUCAGCAACACAAAUCUGGAAAGAGCUCACCACACACAUUCAUUGAGUUCCUUGAAUGGACCAAGAGUUUGUGGAGCGCAGUAAAAUAUGAGAACUUCAUCUUCAGUUUCCGCAACAGCCUGGUGGCUGAUGCUUAUACUCAGCUUUGCACUGAGUUCAACAAAUUGGAGUGGGUGUUCAGGAAGAGCAUGUACUCCUGGUUAAGCCAAGCUGAGACAAAGGUGUCAAACUUUGGCACAAUAGCAGCACAGAUUCAGCCAUCCUCCGAUGUGGAUAACUUGAUGAGCAGCCUGAAAUAUGAGGCCUUUGUAGAACUGGAAAAAGCAGAAAAGCUCAUUUUGAAAAAUCUCACUGAAUUCUAUGAUAGACCAGAAGGACACAUUCACUUGGUAGAGAAGUACAAGGAGGAAUUCAUCAACACAGCCAAAACCAUCCGGAUGGAGACAGAGAACUCUGUUAAAUACAGGCUAGAUGCCACAGUGGAGAUUAGAAAGGGUAUGAUCAGGUUAGAGAAAAUCAAGAAAAAUCAUACAGCUGUAAUGGAGCAGAAGGUGCUGGACCUGGUUGAGAAAUGCAGGAAAAGUAAAGAUCUGGCAGAUGAACACCUGGAGGCCGAAUUUGAGAAGAUGUGGAACGAGACUGUGGCAGAAUUGCAGUUCCCUGGCCUGGAAAACCGAGACAUUGUCCAAGACAUCUUCCACCAGCUGUGGGUUAACUUAGAGAAAAAAGGCAGCUCAGUACGUGAAAUGCUGUUCAAAGUGGAUGACUUGUCUUCAUGUGGAAUGGAGCCAUUCAAAGUGAAGAGUAAAGGAAUGCUUCAAAAGAUGUGGAACAAAUUUUUGGAUAAUGAGCAGAAGGUAAAGACACAAAAAGUGGUUGAUCACAUCAUCGAGCACACCAGGCAGUUUGUAGCUGAAAAAGUGAAAACAAGGUCUGAUUACCAUAACACAUGCAUGAUCGACUUGUUUUGCAUGGUAGAUGAACACCUGGACAGGCACAGGGAUCUGGAAACAAGUGCUGAGUUUCAGGCCGGUCUGAAGAUCCACAUCUGUGGACACGCAGCACGGGAGUUUCAAAAAAUGCAUUUGAAUUUUAUCCGUGCAAAUGAUCCAUGUCACUGUCUGGAACAGUCCAAGCAACAGUACUGCACUGACUUUAAGGACCUGUUCAGUAAAAGAGACCAGUGUCAGAAGAAAGCAGAGGAGUUCACCAACAACUGUCUUGCACCUGCGGUGAAGGAAUACAUCACCAAGUCUCUGGGCCCUGACCUUGUGGAUGAAGUGUUGAAAGGGCAGAAAGGUAUUGAUUUCAGCACUCGAUCCUUCUUCCAGUUCUCAAUUCUCAAGCAGCUGCUUUCAGAUGAUGACUUUGAGAACUUUGAGACUUACAUAAGUAAUUAUGAAGCCUUUGUGCAGGACUGGAUAUUGAAGCAGAUGGUACAGCAGUUCUCUGAGGGUGAUGGUCUCAGGAACAUUGAGAUUAAGCACCUGAAGGUGAUGGUUCAACGAUUAAAGGAAGCCAUUAAGAAUGCAGAGAUGAAGGCCAAUGAAAGAGUGAGAGAAAGGGGUGAAGAAGACCGAAACAUUCAGCAGUUCAUUCAGGAUAUCUGUAGUGACCUACAGGAGCUCACCAUCCCCAAAGACCCCCUUGAAGUGGUCCUGGCCUUAAACACUGCCAAGCCAGAAGACUUUUCCCGGUGUCUGAAAGUGCUUGUGGAUGAAAUGGAGCAGUCCAUUACUGCAGAGUUUCAGAAAGGUGGGGAUUUGAUAACCAGGCUGACCUCACUGGCCUUUCAGCCACAGAAGGAGCUGUUUAACAGGGUGAUUGGCUGUAGGAGGCAGUGUCCCUUCUGCGAGACCCCAUGUGAAGCAGGCGGCAAGAACCACACAGAGCACUUUGCCUCCAUUCACCGUCCUCAGGGGAUCGGGGGUUACAGAUAUGAGGAAUCCUCUGAAUUACUGAUUAAUGUUUGCUGCUCCAGUGUUGCCAGUGAGAGAAAAUUCAGGUCGAGUGAAACAGAGGGGAAAUGGCAUCCAUACAAGGACUAUCAGAGCAUUUACCCUGACUGGCGCAUCCAGCCUGACACCAGCAUCCAGUCCUCAGACUACUGGAUGUACGUCUUUAACAGGUUUAACAAGCAGUUUGCCAAGGAAUAUGACGCUAAGCCUGCAGACAUCCCCUCUCUUUGGAGAGAUAUAACGCACGACCAAGCCAUGAAAAGCCUGGAGGAAUCCUUCCAGAUGAAAACAGAAGGAGACUAAAUUUAAUGGAUUAUAUGGCCCCUGUGUCAGUCAGGUUGAAAAUUUAUUUUCUGAGUGGCAUUAAUUAAUAGCCUACUCACACAUAUCAUGGCUAAUCACAAAAAGUUCCCCAACCAAGUUGAAUCCUAUGAAAGAAAAGGCCAUAGGUUAAAA